CACGCUGCGGCGAAGCGUGCUAUCGUAUAAACUCAUCAGCUAGCCGAAGUCUUCGCAAACCCUGGGUAUAUUGAACCGAGCAUAUCGUUUCCCACUCGUCUCUCUCCACUGACAACGAUGGCGACGAAGGACUUCAGCCACGGAGUGCAGUACACGCCUACAAACGUCGCCGACGUCGGGCUCGGUACGCUCAAGGUCGAGGAGCUGAAGGAGAAGGGAAUUUCCUACGUGCGCGUCCAAUGGGUCGACUUCACGAACAUCGUGCGCAUGCGCGUCGUCCCGCUCGCGUACUUCCUCAAGGUGCUCGAGUCGAAGCGUCCAGGCUUUGGCGUGGCGAAGGCGACGUUUGGGCUCGUCCACCUCAAUAUGGCGCCCGGGACGCCUGCAGCGGGCGAGUACCUACUCGUACCUGAUCUAUCGACGAUUAGGCUCUGCCCUUAUGCUCCUGGACAUGUCUCUGUGCUGAGCUGGAUCGAGGAGAAGGCCCCGCCGCCCGGCUCCGAUAGCGUGGAACUCGACCUCUGCCCACGUACGAUACUCAAGCGCGUCCUCGAAGGUGCCAAGGAGUCAGAGGCCGAGUUUUUGGUCGGCGUAGAGCACGAGUUCGUGCUGCUGAAGAGCGUAGACCCUGUCGAACCCAUCAACUACGGCGACUGGACGACGACCGGUGGGCUGCCAAGCGGCAGCGUCGAGGCGACCGUGCUCCAGGAGAUCGCCGACUCCGUGCAGGCCUCUGGCAUUGAGCUGCAGCUGUACCACGUCGAAGCUGCCCCAGGACAGUUUGAGGUGGUCACAGGCCCUCUCCCCCCUCUCGAGGCAGCGGAUGCCGUCGUGCACACGCGCGAGAUCAUCACUCAGACAGCCGCCAAACACGGCUUGCGCGCCACCUUCACGCCGCGCCCCUUCAUGACCUCCGCGGGCAGCGCUGCGCACAUCCACAUCUCCGUGCACUCGCCCAAGGACCAGCAGAAGGUCAUCGGCCAGCUCUCGCCUUACGAAUCGUCCUUCCUCGCCGGCGUGCUCGCCCACCUGCCUGCGAUCCCCGCCCUUACGCUACCGACGCCCGCCUCGUACAAGCGCAUGUUCGAUGGCGCGUGGUCGGGUGGGACGUACGUUUCCUGGGGCACGGAGAACCGAGAGUGCCCUAUUCGUCUGGCAAACGCCGACUCACUGACGUCUCGCCGGUUUGAGUUGCGCUGCUCGGAUGCGACGGCGAACCCGCACCUUGCGCUUGCGGCCAUCGUGGCCGCGGGUUUGUCUGGCCUGAAGGGCAUGCAGCCGCUGACGUUGAAGAACGUGGAAAGCCCGCUCACGCCCGCAACGAUGGACGAGGAGCAGCGCAAGGCGUAUGGCAUCACCCAGCGGCUGCCGCUCGACAUCGCGCAGGCGAGGCAGAAGCUACAGAAUGACGAGCUGUUCGUCAAGCUGUUUGGAACCGAUUUCUUGGAGAAGUACUUGUCGGUCAACAAUAUGCUCGGCGAUAUCCUGACCCAAGAUAAAGACGAGGCAAAGGCGUUGACGCGACUGGUCAAAUUCUACUGAAGGCUGGUGAAAGAUGACAUGUAUACCGUUUAGUGUAUCUAUCUGUAUCUAAACCUGUAUAGUGCAAAGUGUAGACAAAUCGAAGAGGUUCUUGAAGUCCGAUAAA